UUUUCGGGUCAAAAUUUACAACAAACCAAAUACAAAGUGUGUACAAAAUAUAUUUUUAUUUAGGUCUAAUAUUCAGAAUAAUUGUAUAAUUACAAUUAGUAUAGUUCGUAAUUUUGGUUUUAUACUCAGUGCAUUUCAACAAUUUAUGUAAAUAGUAAAAGUGAUUUGUGAUCAGAAAAACAAUAUUAUGAUGACAUUCGGUAAUCUUUUUGCGGUAGAGGACGUAUGUUCUUUGUUAUCCUGAAUGUCGGCGCACAGUCUUCAUGAUUGUAUAAAUGCGGCAAAGCGACCUGAAUGAUCUACCCAACAACAACUCCACCGAUUAAAUAGGCAGUAUGGUGGUGGUGUUGAACGGCGUGCUGGCCGAUGAGUGCCCCACGACGGUGCGCGGCCUGCUGGCGGCUCACCCCGGGUACAGGGACGCGGCCGCGCAGCUGCUGGCUGCGGCGCCCAGGGCGGUGCCUCCGCCGGGCCUGCUCUACGUGCUGCAGCGGGAACUAGCCGCAGUCGUACCGCAUGACAAAAACGUAACAAUAAUCGGUUCAGAUGACGCAACUUCUUGUAUUAUCGUGGUUGUGAAGCAUUCAGGGUCAGGUGCCGUAGCGCUAGCGCACUUGGACGGCUCGGGGACUGCGGAUGCGGCCGCGGCGAUGGUGGCUCGUGUGCAACAGUUGGCUGCGGGCUAUCCCGAGGGAAGGCUGGAGUUGCAACUAGUCGGCGGCUUCACGGACCCACAUCGAUACUCUGAUGAGUUAUUUGCUAAUAUUAUGCUUUCAUUCCAUCGUCUACCUGAAGAAAUCGAUUUAACAUUAGCCUGCUGCUGUGAAUUAAAUACAGCUCUCGGAGGUGGGUCCCCUGCGCCUCUAGUGACCGGGUUAGGGGUAGACAUUCGGUCGGGCGAAGUAUUCCCCGCAAACUUCCCCGACAAAGGACCUGAGCUGCCGUUGAGGUAUGCUAGGACCAUAACUGGCGGACCACAUUCUUCACAAGUUCUAGACACGUAUGACAACGGUGUCGGCAUGCUCCGCAUAGGUCCGUUCAAUUACGACCCACUGCGCGGCGUCGAUCUCUGGCUGGAGCAGUCUGACGAGUUCAUACUGCAGCAUCUCAGCACGACGCCAGCUGUUGAACCGCCACAUUUUGUACAUAAUAUUCGCGUAACAUUGAAGUUUAUUCAGCAACAUCCAUUCCCAGCAGUGACAGUAUUCCCGGACAACAGACCCCAUUACUACCGCCGUGAUGAACAAACCGGAUGUUGGAUGCCCGUUCGAUUCUAGUUAAUUUAUAAUUAUUUUAUAUUGAUACUCCGAAAUUGGUGGUUUAUUUAAUUGGUAAGAUUUAUCAUAAUUAUUUCAACAACGAGGACACAAGCGUUAUUCAACAUUUAAAUGGAAUAUGCUUUUGUUUACAAUUAUAUAAUAUAGUAUAAUUCUUUUGAUCUUUCAAACUUCUAGUAAAAUUCCCAAACUAUAGGAAAGAAUGGUUCGUAAUAGUGUAAGUAUUACUUUUGAAUGGAAGACAUUGUCGCUAUAUAUAUGAUACACUGUGAAUUGAAAAAACAAUCUCGUCAUAAAUUAUCAAUUGUAAUGUAUUUUAAUUUUUAUCUUUACUGUUUUUUUUAUUGAAGUUUUAAUUUACUUAUUUAAGAUCACAUAUCUCUCAUAGCAACGUGGACGGAUCCUUCCUGAAAUGCUUUCAGUGCAGUUUUUUUUGACAUAAUAUCAACUAUAGUGACAAUUUUAUUGUUCGCGUAAUGGAAGUGGAAUUUUUUUGUCUUCUGAGUAACACCAUUAUCCAUUAUGGUGGACUACAAACUGUUACACCAUUUUGCAAUUGAUACGAGUAAAAAAUUCUUAUGCGAAUAAUUAUAGUUCUAUUGGAAAUUACGGUAAAAUAUUUUAUGGCAAUGUUCUGAUGUUUAAUCAAAUGGAAUUAAAAUCCGUAUUGAAUCACCUUGAUUUAAUCUACUUAAUAGUAAUUAUUGUAAUGUCAUCUAAACCGAUCAACUGUAAGUUGUUGUUAAACCGUUAUGGCUUAGAUUAAGAAUUGGUCUCCGCAGCGCUCCAACUAGAUACCGCAGGCGUAGUCCCAAAGUGCGACAAAUACUACGAACAAGUGGGCGUACUCGAGUCAAUGUGUAACGUUGACGUGCAACUUUUUCUGUUAAAGUAAUAAUUGAAACUAAAAUGCCGGGUUGCGUUGUAAAACUGUGUAAAAAUAAUACUACAAGAAAUAGGAAAGACACUGGGAUCACAUAUCAUCACUAAGUAUUUUAUUAAUUUCAAUGUAAAAUAACACUAAGUGUAUGUUACAAAAUUUUAAAGAUGCCAUUGAGUAUCAAGAUGCCACGCACACAAGCAUCUAAUAGUUGUCGUAAUAAAAGAGCUAUUGUAGGUAGUGCGGUAUCUAGUUGGGAGCGUAGCGGAGACAAAUCCUUAAUCUAAUUUUUAUGAGCUAUAAUCUUCACAUGUUCAUCUACAUGUCAUGUCGACUAUUUAGGUUGUUGGGUUCUUAUUAUUAGAAAAAUAAAUUUUGCUGAAUUCACUUUUUAAUAGGUAAUUCGACUAUUAAUAAUGUUAACUGACUGACGAACCUUAAUUAGAAAAAGGAAUCUAUCCGUAGACAUUAUAUGCAAUUAUUUCAAAUUUUCAGCAAUUAUUUUUAUGUUACAAAAACCCAUUGUUAAGUGAUAUAAUUUUUCCGACGCUUUUUAUUCAAUUUUCUAUAUUUUCUGCCAAUUUUUCAAUUUGUAUUCUGUAUAAUGAUGAAUCAUGAUCAUUUUUUACAUAAGAAUUGUGGUAAAGUAUGUGCACAAUAAAUAUGGAAAUCAGGACCCUAUUAUCUUAAUCUCUGUAACGAGUUUGUUAUUCUAACUACCGGCAACAUUGUCGUACGAAACGGUCUUGAACCUGGUAGAAUGAAGGAGAUGAAAAUUUUGUUUAAAUUUGUAUGUAAAUAUGUACUAGUUAUUUAAAUUUACUAUCGGACAUAUCGUAAAUAGUAAGGCCUUGUUCCAGUAAAGUACCUAUGGAUUAUGUUUGACUUAGAUUUUAUUUUAUAUAAUUACGAACAAUAGAUUGAUGUAAAUAUGUGACUUUAGUGAUACAUAAAAUUGUAGUUAUUGUUUUAUGAAGCUUCUAAUAAAUAUAUGGAAAGUUUAAA